ACUGUCUUUCAGGUAGCAAGUUCACAAUUUAAAAAUCCCGUAUGAGUUCUAUCCAAAGCAGAAAUUGUUAUAUCCUCAAUGGUUCAAUCGGCAAGCUUUUCUACCAACACCAACUAGCUAUGUAGUGUACGUCUAGCUAAUUAUAUCGAGUGAUUUACGCAGUCAGGGGCAGUGAUUUUUAUCAUUUAACCCAUACGCUUAUGUAAACUGCCUUUAUUAUCAGCAUUUUAACACAAUCUGCUUGCUUCCCUUUGUUAAAAUGUAUCUACUGGCCGGCGGAAGGAAUGGAAGGGCUAACAGAAGUGUGAUGUGUGUCCUGCUGCCCCUGGUUGUCGCGGUGUUGUCAGCUGGAGUUUCUGGGAUGCAGGAGGAACACAAACCAGUCCAAGAACAACCGCAACAAGAGAAAACACCAACUGCUCAUGCUAUUGGCCCAGAGGUCAGUGAAAAUGAUUCCAGCAAAUCUGGUGACCUGGGCUUCAUCCAUGCCUUUGUUGCUGCCAUCUCUGUCAUCAUUGUCUCUGAGCUGGGAGACAAGACUUUCUUCAUCGCUGCCAUCAUGGCUAUGCGCUACAACCGCCUCACUGUGCUGUUAGGGGCAAUGCUAGCGCUUGGCAUUAUGACCUGCCUUUCAGUGAUGUUUGGCUAUGCCACCACCAUCAUCCCCAGGAUCUACACAUACUAUGUGUCCACAGCUCUGUUUGCAAUCUUUGGUGUUCGCAUGCUGAGAGAGGGGCUGAAAAUGAGUCCAAACGAGGGUCAGGAGGAGCUGGAGGAGGUGCAGGCUGAGAUUAAAAAGAAGGAUGAGGAGCUCCAGCGGUCUAAGCUGGUGAAUGGGGCUUCAGAUGUGGAGUUGGGCUCAGGGUCAAGCCAUCCUCAGGGGAGAUGGCACAGCUUCAUCUCGCCUGUGUUCAUCCAGGCCUUCACCCUCACCUUCCUUGCAGAGUGGGGAGACCGCUCUCAGCUGACCACCAUCAUCUUGGCUGCCCGGGAGGAUCCUUUUGGAGUGGCAGUGGGUGGUACUCUGGGACACUGUCUGUGCACAGGACUGGCUGUGGUUGGAGGAAGGAUGAUUGCACAGAAGAUCUCUGUCAGAACUGUUACAAUCAUUGGUGGGAUAAUGUUCCUGGCCUUUGCGUUCUCUGCCCUCGUCGUCAAGCCAGAUGCUGGAAUCUGAUUGGAGUACAUACCUGUAAAGCUCAACUAUGUGUAUUUGGAGAGGCUGUACUCUUGAUUCUGUGUGUACGACAGUUGUACUGUACUCAUGGUGUUGGUGAGAUAUGGAGAAUAUUCUAUAAUGGGACUCUAAUGUGUGAGUGUGUGUGUGAAUGUUGCCCUCUUGUCUUACUGAGUCUGUGAUCCCUCACCGGUCUGAAUCCUGUGGCUUACACACAGGACAAGACUUGCGUCUCCUGCAGGCCUGUCGGUACUGAGCUUGGGUCUGUUUUAUUAAUUCGUUCCCCAUCCUCGGGUUAUUAUAUUAUGAUUUAAGAGCAGCUCAUUCAUUGACUGAGUGCAUGGAAUCUCUCCUCCCCUCUUCAGCAUGAGCUCAGUGUUGUUGAAGGCUGACUUCAGGGAAAUCCCAUGGUGGGCCAGUCUGUCUUAUCUACCACUCAAAUUACUACAACGGUUUAUGAAGAGGUUGUGUGAGGCCUACUGAUGAAGAAAUCAUGGAACAAAAUGCUUCAUAGCUUCACUGCCAUGUUGAGACCUGAGCCAUUGUCUACUACACCUUUCCUGAAAGUGGUUGGUUAUGGUAUUUAUUUAUAACUUUUGAGCAGAGAGAUUGGUAUUAACUUUUAUUUUUUUAGCUGAAGUACUGUAGACACUAUACUUUUUUAAAGUGCACAGGGAAAUGUCACUACAUUGUCAAUAUUUGACAAGUUGUACCCUGUGAUGACCGAACAGGCGUGUCAUUGUACGCUGUUUGCGAUAUUCACUUCAUUGUUAAAGCCUGAUUAAUGUAAAUACUCAAUAAAACCUGUCAUGCCAAGA